AUGAGGGGGUAUAUAGAUGAGUUGGUAAUUGAAGAUGAUAAAGUGUCACAGGACACUGUGAGUUUAUACGAGUCCCUUGGCCUCUUUGCUACACUAAACAAUACCUCAAUAAAGCUAUGCAGCACCCGAGACACGUAUAUAAAGUCAUUCGAUGGGAAUUUGAGGUUAUGCAUUGGUAGAAAGCACUACGAUGAAAUCAUGAAUCAAAAGCUUAUAGAAAAAAGAAAGGAGCAAGAUCAGACGGUAAUCUACGAUAACAUUGGAACGGAGAUUAUAUUAGAGGCAAAAAAGUCCUAUUCCGAUAUCCGAUUAGGUGUUUUAACAAGUGGGGGCGAUUCACCAGGAAUGAAUUCUGCAGUCCGAAGUAUAGUGCGAUACUCCUUAAAAAAUAAUAUCAAAGUUUUUGGAAUAUAUCGAGGCUUUGAGGGAUUAAUCAGAGGUGAUAUUAGAGAGCUAGGUUGGGACAAUGAAACUCAUAGUAGUGGCCAAAGUGGAACAUAUUUACUUUCUGCUAGAUCCGAGAAGUUUAAAACACGUAAAGGUCGAAAAGAAGCUGCAUUUAAUCUUUUAGUCAGGAAUAUUAAUGCAUUAGUGGUUAUAGGCGGAGAGGGUAGUAUGGAGGGUGCACUUAUUCUGAAAGAAGAAUUCAAAGAAUUGUGUGAGGAGAUUAUAGCAGAGGGAUGGUUAAAUUCUUCAAAGAUAGAGACGAUAAAGAACGAAAGAACAUGGAUAAAAGACUCACCACAUAGUACAACACCAGUGGACAGUAUAUCACAAUCAGAUAAGCUAACUACUAAAAGUCUCAGCACAGAGAAAGUGGAGGAUGUCAUUGUUGACUAUUUAGGACCCGAAGCUUCGGAUGAAUUUAAUUUCAGCGUUAAAAAGCCAUAUGAUAUUCAGAUAGUAGGCAUACCAGGCACUAUUGACAAUGACAUUAUUGGUACAGACUUUACUCUUGGCAGCAACACUGCAAUAACUAGGGUGGCGGAGGUUGUUGAGAAACUAACAUCAACAAUGAGGUCACAUAAGAGGGUAUUUGUGUUGGAAUGUAUGGGUAGAAAUUGUGGAUGGAUAACGCUAAUGGCAGGGUUUGCAAUAGGAGCGGAAUAUAUCUUUAUCCCUGAAGCACCCCCUAAAGACUGGAGAUGUGAAAUGAUAAAAUCGUUGAAAACAGCUUAUUUUAAUCACAAGAUGAAUAUUUUUGUUUUUGUGUCAGAAGGCGCAAUAGAUUCAGAAGGUAAUAGAAUAACAACAUCCGAAAUUAAACAGGAGAUCCGAAAUGCAGGCAUGGAAGUGCGUAGUUUAGUUCUUGGCCAUGUCCAGAGGGGUGGGAUGACUGCUGCACAGGAUAGGUUUUUGGGAACAGUGUUUGGAUUGAAGAUUGUUGAAUAUAUAAUGGGUGGGUCAAAUAUUCCCGUGAUGGCUGCCAAUGUCAGCGAUGAAUUUAUUUUUGUAGAUUUAUAUGAAGUUGUGAGAAAGUCCAAAAUGGUGAGAAAAUAUUUUAUCAAAAAGCGAUAUGAUGAGGUAUUGAAAAUGAGAAAUGAGUAUUUUCAGCAAAUUUAUUGGAUACAUGAACGAUAUCGACACAGCCUGAGCCAGAAGUUUUUCAAAGAACACUUGUAUCCCAGAGAAUAUUCAAUAGGCUAUCUGCAUGCUCACAACGAAAAGAAACUUGACAGUUCCAGCUUGAUCUCAGAAAAGGUAGAGAAGCUAUUUAUGAUAAAAAAAAGAUUAAGGAUUGGUGUUCUAAUGGAAGGACCUAGCUCAGGAGGGAUGAACACUGUGCUAAAUAGUUUAGUGCAAUUUGGACUAUGCAAAGACGUGGAAAUUUUUUAUUUUUUUAACGGUUAUAAUGGCAUGAUAAAUGUUAAUGUUAGAAAAGCCGAUCUCUUUGAAUUUUCCCUAGUUGAUAACCAGGGUGGAAUCAUUAUUGGAACAUCAGACACAAAAAACGUAGACAUCAAUACUAUUGAAAGAAGAAUAGAAGAACUUCAGAUAGACUAUCUAAUAGUAGUUGGUGGAACAGUAAAUCUAAAGCUGGCACGUACAAAUACUAAAAUAAUCAUUAUACCUUGUACCAUAUCAAAUAAUUUUCCCGGUUCAGAUAUGAGUAUUGGAAGCGAUACAGCGUUAAACGCAAUUUUAAUAGCUUCUGAGGCUUGUCGCCUGACAGCCAUGUCGAUAAAAAAGACUGUCUAUGUAAUUGAAAUUGCUGGCGGAAAAUGUGGAUAUUUAACAGUUAUUGGUGGAAUUUCUUGCUCUGUCUUUGAUGUAAUCAGUCCAAAAGUCAAUAAGCUUGAAGAUCUAAUUUUGACCAAAAAAAAAAUCAAAACCGCUUUAGAAAAGCAAGGAAGCAAUUCUGUGAUGAUUUUCAGGAAUGAAAGCACAUUCGAUUAUAUGACUACUGAAAGUCUCUGCAAGAUACUGUGUUCGGAUGAAAGUAUUGCAUAUAACUACAGUGUGUUAGGCCACUUAGAAAGAGGUAUAUUGCCAUCGGUAUUGGAUCGUAUUCAUGCACGAUUGUCAGCGUAUAAAGCCAUAGAAGUAUGUUUAAACCAGGUUACCAGCGGUGUGAUUGGAAUAUGCAAUGGAAAGGCGAUUUUCAGCUCAGUUGAGAGUGUUUUGAAAAAUUAUGAUGAGAUGAAUGAUACUACAAAAAAUCCCAAAUGGCAAAAAUAUUCAACAAUAUGCUCACUAAUGGAAUAA